CGCUGCUUCAAAGGAAACUCGUUACUGGGAUAGACGUACUGAACUGUCGCGACUUGGGUAUAGCAGAAGCUUGGCCUCUGACCAAGCAAACGGGCAGCUUUCAAUUGGAUGACUGAGGCAAGGAGGGCACGUGGGACGACCGUUGAGCUCGAGACGGCGCCAUCUUCUCGUCGGAGAAAGGAAAUGUGCCUCGUGAUCAAGCCCACCACCGCCGUUUUAACCGCACCCCUAUUUCCGUCCUUGGGCUCAGACGGGUUCGACCAUUGACGCUAUGCUGCCGCUCUAGUGCCCAUGGUGCAUGAGGCCGUGGCCCUGGCGCAGGCUCUCCGUUGGCUUUGCAGCUUUGCUUGCACCUUUGCUCGCGUCCGGUCGUGCUUUUUCACGUGUCGAUCGACAGCCAAAUAAACGGACCCCUGCUUCCUCUUCUUUGCCCUGCCGGCUCUUCUUUAUUCACAGCACUGAAGGCCAUCCCAUCCCGCCUUUGACUUUCGGACAACACACCAAAGUUUUGCCUCUCUCACUUGUCCCAUCCAGCCACCUCGCCCGUCUUGCUCACCCGCCGUCGUUGGCGUUCAAGGACACCAUCGCUGUCGGCCUCACUCUGCCCCCCCUUGACCGAUCCCUGACCAACCCUGCGGCCCUUGACCUGGCCUCUGCCGAGUCAAUCCGCUCGCCUACCAUGGCAAAGACCACCACCCUCUCUGGAACCAACGGCUGCCGCCCGCCCAACGGCCUCCCCAAGGACAGCGCCCCGCAGAAGCACCACCAGAUCCCUUACAUCCCGCUCUCGUACCGCAGCGGCGACGACGCGGCGAGCACCAAUGCCUCGGCCCUCGCCCUCAUCAGCGCCCUGAGGCCUGACUGGGGCUCCGAAGUCGACUUUCGCCGCUUCACCGACGGCAUCACAAACACCCUGCUCCAGGCCCGUCCGCGCGCGUGCGAGCCGCUGGACGGCGAGUCCGACGACGACGCGCGCGACCGCGAGGCCAUCCUGCUGCGCGCCUACGGCAACGGCACCGACCUCCUGAUCGACCGCAACCGCGAGGCCCAGAACCACGAGCUGCUGGCCCGCCACCGCCUGGCCCCCGAGCUGCUGGCCCUGUUCGAGAAUGGCAUGCUCUACCGCUUCAUCCGCGGCCGCGUCACCUCCCCGCAAGACCUCCGUCACCCCGACAUCUAUAGGGCCGUCGCCCGCCGCCUGGCCCAGUGGCAUAGCACCGUGCCUUGCCUCGGCCACGCCGCCGCCCAAUCGCUGGCCAAGCGCCCUCCCCCUGCUGCCGCCGCCAAUGGUCAUGCCCCGAGCGGUGGUGGCGCCCCUGCAAACGGCGACGCCGCCUACCGCGCCAAGAUUGACAAUGUUGCGCCCGGAAAGUUGUCGCCGAACGUGUGGACCGUCAUACAGAAAUGGAUCCUCGCCCUGCCCACCGAGACGCCUGCGCAGCGCCAGCACCAGGCCACCCUCCAGAAGGAGCUGGACAGAAUGGUAGCGGAGCUCAGCCAGCGCCCAGGGCUUGGCAAGGAUGGCCUUGUUUUUGCGCACUGCGACCUCCUGAGCGGUAACGUCAUCAUCUUGCCCACCCCAGCCCCCGCCUCGGCUGCCGCGCCGGCACCUGGGGCCAUCGCCGACGAGCCCAACGGGGCCUGCGGCCGCUCGGCGGCGCCGUCCGCGUCGGUGACCUUUAUUGACUACGAGUACGCCACCCCGUCGCCGGCGGCCUUUGACCUGGCCAACCACUUUGCCGAGUGGGGCGGCUUCGACUGCGACUACAACGUGCUCCCGACCAGGAAGCAGCGGCGCGAGUUCAUCGAUGAGUACGUGCGCGCCUAUUUCGGCGGCGCCGACAGCUGUGCCGACCAGAACGGCGACCGGCACCGCCACGAGGACUCGGCCGCCCGGCUGUUCGACGAGGUCGACCUCUUCCGCGGCGUCCCGGGCUUCUACUGGGGCAUCUGGGCCCUCAUCCAGGCCACUAUAUCCGACAUCGACUUCGAUUACGCCUCGUACGCCGAGACCCGCCUCAACGAGUACUGGGCCUGGCGCGCCGAGCAGGACGGCUCCCGCGCGGCCGCGAGCCGGGAAAUGCCCCUGCGCGAGCAUCGGUGGGCACAGGAGGAAUAGCGGGGAUGGUGUUUUGCUACCUCGAGUUCAAAGCAACGCGUGCUUCUAUCCUUUUCUCACUACACUUUUUUCUUCCGCUCCCCCUCGCCUUUUUGCGCUCGGUUAGUUUUCCGUGUGUAUUCUCCGAGGGAAGUGCGCGGAAAGGUGUUUUGCACCGCCUUUUCAAGUCGGAUGUCUGUCAAGAGUGUGAUGUCGCGUGGCCGUUCUAUUUACCUCGAAAUGAUGGGUUUUUUGGUCUAAUUUCUUAUAGCAUUAGAUAUUGGCACGCAGUUGUCAACAGACGUGACGCCAUGUUUUUCUCUUUUAUCAUUGUUUCUUAACUUUUUCUUCUCUUCAUAACCCCUACACACCUCCCUCUUCAACCUGUAGUACUUUCGGGGUAUUUGCUUGCUCACUCGGAAGCGUGCGUUAUCAGCGUGCCUGACACGCGACCGAGCCACAGGGAGUCGGCGAGCGGAGUUCACGGGCGGGGCUCUUGUCCUGGCUUCCUUUUGUCCCUUUUUUCUUCUUCUGGGUAGCGCGGAUCCUUUUGGUUGCAUUUCAACAUGCGGCGUCAACAUCAUUCAACAUGCAGAGGGAGUCAUAAUUGCAUUCUCAAAUCGAGUCGGAACAAAACGAAAGGGGUGGAAAGUAGGUACACUGCGGUUUGUCUACAUUAGCAGGAACGCACCUACACCAAGUAAAGCAUCAUGCAUUCUUACCCCGACACACUUUGGAGGUGCUCAAACGGGUUAGAAUCCGGAGGCCAGAGAAGCUCCGGGUAGUCGAACUGACGGCCCUGUAGGGUAGCCUUUCCUUUACCGCAAGUUCUAGUCGCACAUGGCCGGCAGGUGAUAGAUGGCUGGCCGAAUGGAGAGGUCGGUAGGAGCAGAGUAAAAUUGGCGCAGCCCCAAUGCCUAGGAGUCGGGACAGGGACGCUCGUGUCAAUUCGAUUUCUUUCUUUCCUGGGCAACAUUGCGGCCUAACCAAAAAAAAAAAAAAAGAAAGGCAAAGGCACCAAGAUGAAGGGAAAUGCUAAAUAUACAAGAAGGUGGCGCCGUGCAGUCGUCAACGAAAUAUGGGCAUGAUAUCACAAGAUAAAGGAUCAGAACACCAAGGCUAGCACUCUCGACGGCGUCAUGCAGAAACGCUGCACACAAAAAUACCGACCGAUGAAGGGAGGAAGAGGGCAUUGUAGCACGGGGAAGACAGGACUGGAAAGAUAUGACACAAAUAUACCAACCUAGGUAUAUGAACAGGCAAAUGGGACAUCGAAGGCUGAUUUGUGCAUAAAUAUAACGGACGUAAGGCUCGGGGGGGAAAAUAAAUAAAAUGGGGAUAGAUAGGUAAGAUAGAUAGAGAUACGAAAGGAACAGAUGGCCAAACGGAUACUAAGUACUGAGCAACAAAUGCGGAGUAGAUCUUCCUGCAUUAGUU